AUGCAAAUUAGAUGGGCAUGCCUACUAAAAUUACAAUUGCGUGUUGUUUAUUUUUUCAUUACAAACACUUUGUUUCUUUUUUCUCUCUCUCUCAUCUUGUCUCCCGCUCUCUCUCUCAUCUUGUCUCCCACUCUCUAUCGUCUCACACUCUCUAUCGCCUCUCCCACACUCUCUCUCUUCUCUCUAUCGUCUCCCACACUCUCUCUCUUCUCUCUAUCGUCUCCCACACUCUCUCUCUUCUCUCUAUCGUCUCCCACACUCUCUCUCUUCUCUCUAUCGUCUCCCACACUCUCUCUCUUCUCUCUAUCGUCCCCACCACCUCUCUCUCUUCUCUCUAUCGUCUCCCACUCUCUCUCUUCUCUCUAUCGUCUCCCACUCUCUCUCUUCUCUCUAUCGUCUCCCCACCUCUCUCUUCUCUCUAUCAUCUCCCACUCUCUCUCUUCUCUCUAUCGUCUCCCUCUCUCUCUCUCUCUAUCAUCUCCCCUCUCUCUCUUCUCUCUAUCAUCUCCCUCUCUCUCUCUCUAUCUAUCAUCUCCCCCUCUCUCUCUUCUCUCUAUCGUCUCUCUCUCUCUCUUCUCUAUCGUCUCCCCUCUCUCUCUUCUCUCUCGUCUCCCCUCUCUCUCUCUUCUCUCUAUCGUCUCCCUCUCUCUCUUCUCUCUAUCGUCUCCCCCUCUCUCUCUUCUCUCUAUCGUCUCCCCCUCUCUCUCUUCUCUCCUAGUCUCCUCUCUCUCUUCUCUCUAUCUCCCCCUCUCUCUCUUCUCUCUAUCUCUCCCUCUCUCUCUUCUCUCUAUCGUCUCCCCCUCUCUCUCUUCUCUCUAUCGUCUCCCUCUCUCUCUCUCUCUAUCGUCUCGUCUCUCUCUCUCUCUCUCUAUCGUCUCCCCCUCUCUCUCUCUCUUCUCUCCCCGUCUCCCCCUCUCUCUCUCUCGUCUCCCCCACUCUCUCUCUCGUCUCCCCACUCUCUCUCUCGUCUCCCCCUCUCUCUCGUCUCCCCCUCUCUCUAUCGUCUCCCACACUCUCUCUCUCGUCUCCCACACUCUCUCUAUCGUCUCCCACACUCUCUCUAUCGUCUCCCACACUCUCUCUAUCGUCUCCCACACUCUCUCUAUCGUCUCCCACACUCUCUCUAUCGCCUCCCACACUCUCUAUCAUCUCCCACCCUCUAUCGUCUCCCCACUCUCUAUCGUCUCCCACUCUCUAUCUCUCCCCCCUCUCUCUCGUCCCACUCUCUCUAUCGUCUCCCCCUCUCUCUAUCGUCUCCCCACCUCUCUCUAUCGUCUCCCACUCUCUCUAUCGUCUCCCACACUCUCUCUAUCGUCUCCCACACUCUCUCUAUCGUCUCCCACACUCUCUCUAUCGUCUCCCACACUCUCUCUCUCUCCCACACUCUCUCUCUCUCUCUCUUCUCUCCUAUCGUCUCCCCACUCUCUCUCUCUCUCUCUCUCCCACACUCUCUCUCUCUCUCUCCAUCGUCUCCCUCUCUCUCUCUUCUCUCUAGCGUCUCCCCUCUCUCUCUCUUCUCUCCUCGUCCCACCUCUCUCUCUCUCUCUCUCUCGUCUCCCCUCUCUCUCUUCUCUCUCUCUCCUCGUCUCCCUCUCUCUCUCUCUUCUCCUCUCUCUCUCUAGCGUCUCCCUCUCUCUCUCGUCUCCUUCUCUCUCUCUCUCUCGUCUCCUCUCUCUCUCCCCUCUCUCUCUCUCCCUCUCGUCUCUCUCUCUCUCUCUAUCGUCUCCCACUCUCUCUCUCUCGUCUCCCCCUCUCUCCUCUCUCCCCUUCUCUCUCUCUUGUCCCCCCUCUCUCUCUCUCUUCCCCUCUCUAUCGUCUCUCUCUCUCUCUCUCUCUAUCGUCUCUCUCUCUCUCUAUCGUCUCUCUCUCUCUCUAUCGUCUCUCUCUCUCUCUCUCUCUCUCUCUCUCUCUCUCUAUCGUCUCUCUCUCUCUCUCUAG